GAUGGUCGUGAUCUCUUAUAAUGCGAACCGCAGCAGUCUCUUGGCAAUUGGCACGAUGCCGCCACACAACAAGCGCAAGAAACAUGCCAGGAACUUCAAGCGCAUGAUAGACGGCUCCUUCUAUCAGCUGAAGAAAACAUCAACCUCCCAACAAAACCGCCAAGCAACGAAGAAGUUAGAACAAGUAACGUGGAAGUCCAUCGAGGAACGGGUCUUUUUAAUGGCACUCGAGCUCGACGGGGAUGAAGCAGGGAGCUCUACGACAUUGAGCGACUCUACGCGAUGCGAUGGGUGCACAACUUAG